AUGAAAUUCCGAAGAGGCAUCAAUGAUGAAAAUAUAAAGAUGGAACUCGUUUCCCAUCGUCAUACCACUUGUUCUAGUCGAAUAUCGAGCAAGAAAAGAUUUAAGCCAGUUCGAUCUUCUGUUAAAUUAAUGUCAAAGCUGUAUAGCCAGAUUGAAGUUAACCAUUCCUUAAAAUCCAAUAUCGGAAAAAAUACAUUAUUAGAUUCAACAAAAAAUUUAUCGACAAUUGAUAGCUUAAAAAACUCAAUAAAUGUUAAUAAGGUAUCUCUUGAUUUUGAAUCCAAAUUAUCGCUAGAUUCUGACAGUUGUAAAAAAAAUGAAUUAACAAGUGAAUUGAUAAGUGACAAUGUAUAUCUUAGUUAUAAAGGAUACGAAAAUCCUAGCUUUGUUCUAGAUUCUUCCCUUGAAUCUUCUAUAACUGAAUAUCUUUUUGAACCAUUUAAUGAUAGAAAAGAAAAAACAGACAACUGCGAAGCAAUAAAAUUACCAAAUGGUUUGCAUAAACAAAUAGAAAAUAAUUUUUCUGUUGUUGCUGAUGAGCAUUGUAAUAAUCACAGAGAUUUUUCACAUAAAUAUGCUCAGCAAAAAGGAAGCUACAAUGAAAAUGAUAACUGCAAGCAUUUACCCAUCAAUCGAAAAAAUAGUUUUAGUUGGAAAACUCAAACUAAUCCAAAAUGUUAUUCACAACUUAUUGACGAUCAGCACUCUGAAAUCUCCACUCUAAUUAUUUUGUUUGCAGCAAUUGAACAGGAAAAUUUAGAAAAAGUUAAGUCAAUUCUUGAGUCUGCAAAUGUUGAUAUUAAUAGUGUAAAUAGCGACGGAUUUUCCCCAUUAGAUUUAGCUGUACUUGGGAAUAAUAAAGCAUUAAUUAAUAUAUUAAUCGCACAUGUUUCAUCUCCUGAAAACUUAAGUAUUCACUUGACGUCUUUAAUGCAGACAGCUGAACAUAAAUUAUCUGAAGCAAGUAGACCUGAAUCUUGUUUGGCUACCAAAACUACAUUAUUAGAAACUCGAAAUAUUACGGCAAGUCUUUCAACAAUGAAUAAUUUUCACUCUGGAUGGACUGAUGACACAAAUACUAAACAAACUGCACUCUGGGAACGUAGAGUAAGAACCCUGCGAAAAAUGUUAGCUGAUUUUGACCAAGCACGCCCCCCUGAUAUUCCCCGGACAGUUAGCCUGGAAAUUAUUGGAACCCAGUCAGUAAUUGUAAAAUUUGAAGAAUCAACUAAAAAAUCUUCUUCUGCGUGUACCAAAUUUAAAGUGCAAUGGAGUACAAAAAAAAAUUUUUCAGUUAUCACAGGUGAAGUCGAAAUAUUUGACAUUAGACAACGUCAAUGUCAAAUCGAUAAUCUUGUUCAAGGACAAAAAUAUUUUUUUCGAAUAUGUUUGGGGAACUUGAAGGGAUAUAGUCAAUUUUUACCUUCAUCACCCCCUUGCGCUGUACCUAGCAGUUGGCGUGACAUCGAUGAACGAUUACCUAGAUAUACAGAUCAACUUGAACGAUUGAAUUUACUUUUGAUCGAAAUGCAACGUCCAGAGUAUACUAAAGAAUCAUCAGCUAGUCAAAGACGCAAUCAUAAGAAAAAAACAAUAAAACAACUAUUUUCUGCUACAAGUAAAUUUCAGAAAAAUCUAAAACGUGGCAUUUAUUUAGCUUGUAUUUUAUAUCACGAAGACAAAGUAUUAGUAACCAAUGAAGACUUUCUACCCGUAAUUCAAAUCGAUGAAACUUAUCCUAACUGUAUAUAUAAUGAUUUUUAUUGGUUAAUGAAAGUUUCAUAUAUUUGGGACAAUUUAAAGACUUUAAAGCAAGACAUGGAGAAAAAUUAUGAAAGUUCUAUUAAUCAUUUCAAACUAAAAUACCUUCAAGCAGCGGCUGCAUUAGGCAUUCAAAAUUUGGGUGAAAUUUACUACAUGCCAAUUAAAGACAGUCAGGGAACUGUAGUUAUUUCAACGAUUAAUCAUAUUACAUGUCCAAAAUCAGUAUCUUUACUCAAUUGUAGAUGGUUACCCCUCAGUAAAGUUAUGAAAAAAACUAUUAUCCAUGAAGAGAGCAAUGUUUCAGACAUUUUAAUGUCAAGUAUUCAAAAUAAAAUAACUUAUCAUCAGUUGAGCAGUAUUAAACUAAAUCGGGGACUUUAUUUAGGAUAUCUGAAAAUGCAAAGUAGCGUUGAUCUCAUCCAAAUAGUGGUACCUGCUAAAACACCAAAUGUUCUACCCCACUGCAAAAUUCGUGAUAAUCCGUACGUAUCCGCUGAAGAAUGGAAUCAUUUGAAAAAAGUCAUACACACAUCAGUAUCUGACAGCACAGUAAAAGUGUGUGUUGCAGAAGAAGAAAAAGAUUCAUCCAACGAAUCUCCAACAGUUGAUCAAGGAAAGUUAUUUGUAGAAACGGUAGCAGUUGCUGUUAAUCAGCUUUUUUCUUACAUGGGCAUAGAUUUUCAAGAUUUUGAAACUCACAGAUUAUAUGACGCUGAAAUUAUUGAACUAACUGAUGACGUAUCAUUUCUCAUUGUUGUUCCACCUGUCGAAAAUGUAUGUUUAGUACCAGGUACUCGAGAUAUUUUUUUACAACGAGGGGAUCUGUUGACUUUGCCUAUACAAAUUUUCGAAAUGGUACAACUAAAUGCUUAUCAAAAAAACAUAAUCGAUCGUUAUUCGAAGCUUAGUUGUAUUCUUGAAUUAGAAAUAGUACAAGCACAACAUAAACAUAGAGAAGCUUUUAGUUCGACUGAAGUUAGUGCAGCGAAAGAUAAACUAACUAAACUACAAGAAUUACAGUCCCAAAUGAAUGAUAUUUGGAAAGGUGCUCGAUGGUUAAUUGAUGUCAUAACGUUUUCUCGUGACAGAGGUUUUUCUCAAUCCGUUCAACGAAAUAAUAAUGGUAUCACUUUGAAAUACUUACUGAAUGUUAAUCAAGGUAACGAAUCCAAUGCGCAAUGUAGUAAGCGAAUCUUGUUACAACUCCCUGCAAAAGAUACAAAGUCAGUUAAAACAAAUCCUAACAGAGGAAGUUGGCCUGGACUAAAUACAUCAAACAAUCUGUGUGCUACUGAACUAAGUAAAAGUGAACAGCAUCUGUUACAACAAGACAUAAUAACUGAUGAUACGAUCUAUAGGAAUAAUGUUUCCCAAACUGUUAAUGAUGAGGGAAGUGGAAGUAACGAUUGUUUAAAAUCAUUUGCUUCUGCUAAAUCAAUUAAAUCGAGUAGCUCAACAUAUUUAAGUGGAACAACAGUAGCGAUGUCAUCUUCAAAGUCUGAAGACAUUCUGUCACUUGAUCGACAUAAGCACACUCGAAGUGGACUGAAAAAUAAUUUUACGAUUGUUAAAUCAAUUUCAGCAGAUGUAAAUCCUCAGCUAGAUGAAAAAUCAACGACUUAUGAAAGAACAAUGAAAGAUAUUUCAAUUGAUUCUGCAGCAAAUACAACUACUUCACUAAGUGUUAAGAGUCUUAAUUCGGAUAGUAUCCAUUUACCAUACACAGAUAAUGCGAAUGCAAUCUCACAUCCCAUUAGAAGUCACAUAUCCACAGUCCAUACUAAAAGUGAUGUACUAAAAUCUACGGCAAGUGUAGCAGCUACAGCAAGCAUUUCAAUGGAUACUCAUCUAGAUGAAUUAAAAGAUCAAUCAACUGUUUUACCAGUUCCACCACCAGGCAUUCUUCAGGUAUAUGUUGCCUAUGAAACUGGGUUAGCUUCCGGAACAAGUUUGAAAUUGCAUGUUACUCCGAGAACAACAGCACGGGAAGUAGUUGAUUUAGUUGUCAAACAAUUAAACAUGGCAGUUGUACUCAAAGGACAAGAAGGACCGAUUUACUCAGCUGAAGAAUUACCUAAUUUUUGUUUAGUAGCUGUUAUUGGUGCAAGAGAGCGAUGUUUAAGAGAUGACUUUAAACCAUUACAGCUUCAAAAUCCAUGGAAAAAAGGCCGUCUUUAUGUUAGACAAAAACAAGAUGUUUUAGCUGCUCUUGAGCACAGCAGUAAACACUUGGCUUAUUUGUAA